AUGUCUUCCAGAAUUACUCGCUCCUCCGCGAGACUCGCCACAGACCCUCCGCCCGCGGAGGCUGAUACACCGCUUCUCCCCGGAUCGACCUCCUCCCGGAAACGCAAAGCUUCCUCUCGUCACGACCGCCCGGCAGAAGCUCCUCCACAACCAGCAGCUUCGUCGCCCUCCCGCAAAACAAAGCGACCGCGGACCGCAGCACAGACAGCUCCAUCCACCGGUCCCGGUGCAGCACACCGCCGAGGCGCCCGCAGCCGUCCAGCCAUGUCACAACCCGGACCUUCACGGCCUUCGGAGGAACAGCCAAAAUCCACAGCGACCCCGCAGCCCACACGACGAAAGUCCAGCCGCAAUGAGCGCCCCGGGACCGCACAAUCCCCCCCUGCCCGCCGGCAGAAGAAGCGAUCUGCGAAACCGAACGCCGACGUCAUAAUGCGAGAUGCGGAGGAGGAAAUCGAGGACGACGAGGAAGAAGAGGAACACGAGUCUCCGACAGGGCAGAGUAACGAUGAAACCAACCCAUCAGCCUUCGACGAGGAUGACGACAUGGACCCAUUCAGUAGCAGUCUAUUCGGGGGCCGAACCCCAAUGGCACUACAGAACACACUCCGUGCGCUCAGCGGGAUGAUGUCUGGGACCUCUACUCGGUUCCGGGAUAUCCUUUGCAAUCUAAGGGCCAAAGACGACCCGUCUCUUCAACUAUGUGCACUACAGGAACUGUCAGACACCCUGCUGAUUUCGAACGAGGACAACCUGGCGGGCCAAUUCUCGCCUGACCCGUACGUGAAAGAGCUAGUGACGCUGAUGCAGCCAAAUCAGUUUGGUGAGGAGAACCCAGAAAUCAUGCUUCUAGCGUGUCGUUCUCUAGCAAAUUUGAUGGAGGCCUUGCGGGGCUCCGUGGCAAAUGUUGUAUAUGGUGGUGCUGUACCAAUCCUUUGUCAGAAGCUCCUUGAUAUUCAGUUCAUCGACCUCGCCGAGCAAGCUCUGAGUACCUUGGCCAAAAUCUCCGUCGAUUUCCCCGCCUCUAUUGUGCGUGAAGGUGGGUUGACUGCUUGUCUCACGUAUCUCGACUUCUUCCCCACUAGUACCCAGCGAACGGCCGUCACAACCGCUGCCAACUGCUGCCGCAAUCUCCACAAUGGCUCGUUCCCGGUGGUGCGGGAUGUAAUGCCCACUCUCCUCAACGUCCUUUCUAGCAAUGACCCAAAGGUCGUCGAGCAGGGGUGUCUUUGUGUAUCACGAAUCGUGGAAAGUUUCAAAAACCGCCCGGAGAACCUCGAAGAGCUCAUUGAGCCUGCGAUGCUCAAGGCCGUCCUUCGAUUGUUACUGCCGGGAACGACCAAUCUGAUUGGCCCCCACAUCCACACACAAUUCCUUAGGGUACUGGCCAUCACCUCUAAAACAAGCCCACGGCUUUCAAACGAGCUUCUCAAAAUGGACGUUGUGGAUACGCUGUACCAGAUCUUGACUGGUGUGUCUCCCCCGCAAGACGUGGAUAACACCGCCGUCAAGAUGGACAGUGUUCUGGUCAUGCAGGCAUUGAUCCACCGUCCUCGCGAGCAAGUGUAUGAGACAUUGAAUGUUAUCUGCGAGCUCCUACCAGGUGUCCCUAGUCGCGAUGCCUCGAAGACAGAUAAUCUUCUGAGCACAUACUUUGACAGCCACAUGUCCAUCGGCCUGCGAUCGUCCAAAUCGAAAGAGGCCGUGGAGGACAGGCGAUCAUUGCUUGAUAACUGCAAGAACGAACUGAAACGUUUCGCAAUGAUCCUGUUCCCGACUUUGACUGAUGCUUACUCGAGCACGGUCAAUUUGCAUGUGCGUCAAAAGGUAUUGAUUGCGCAGUUGAAGAUGUUGCACAUCUUGGAGCCCUCGUUAAUUGAGGAUGCGCUCCGUACCGUUCCGUAUGCUUCUUUCCUGGCUUCCAUCCUCUCUCAGCAAGAUCACCCCUCCCUUGUAUCUUUGGCGCUGCGUUGUUCCGAGCUUUUGUUCCAGCGACUUGAAAAUGUUUAUCAACAUCAAUUCCAUCGCGAAGGAGUUAUUUCUGAGAUCAUCAAACUGUCCGAAGGCUCUCUCUCCGAUGAUAAGGAAUAUGGUGACUCUCCCGAUCCUACACUCAUGGACACCACCGCAGACCCGUCUCGCGCGUCCCACACGGAGCCUGGAGCUGAGCGAGAUGAAGACGACAAUGAGGAUGAGGAUGCCGAUGACUUUGACGAUGAGGACGACGGUGACGACAUGUCGGAUUCCGAGGAUGACUCGGCGCCGACCCCUCGUAAUCUACAAAAGUUGGAGACUGCCCUCAAUGACGUGGUCAUCCGAGAUGCGCAUGCCUUCCUCGAGGUCUACGAGGCCAGCCAUGGCGAAACCGUUCGCGCAGAAGCCACUCGGAUAUUGACCGCGCUUACAUCUUUGGCAUCCGAAAUCCGAGCACAUUACAACAGUGGUGCCGAUGACGGCCUCCGUCUAUUCAAACAGCUUGCAUCCUACUUUGAUGGAGAUGCCUUGGAAAGCAUUACCAGCUCCGAGCUUCUGAACUCGGGCAUCAUCGAGGUUCUGCUGGAUGUCCUUGGAAAUUACCAAGCGCCCUCUAUCCGUGAUGCCCGAGCUGCAUUCCUGCAAGCUUUCAUGGGUGUUUCCAUCUCAGACAAGGCCAAAAGCCAAAGUACAGCCACGACGCCAUUCAGCGUCCUCAUUUUGAAGCUGCAGGACUUGCUUAGCAGGACCGAGCAUUUUGAAGUCCUUACCAUCAGCCACAACUCACUUGAAAACACUCGCAGCAAUGCAGCAUACAUGCUUUCUAAACAGCUGCGCCUCAAGUUGAUUGCCGACGAUGACUCGGACGUCCCUCGCCCCUAUCGCAACAUCAUGGUGUCGAUCCACGCCAUCGCCCCUUUCCAUGCUUUGGAUGACUUCCUUCACCCCCGAAUUUCCUUAGCCGAGAAGCCACGAUCAUCGCGCUCUAACCGAGAAAACAUUCUCUCCCACCUGGCGACUGCUGCUCGGCUCCGUGAUCAGUUGGCGGGCGCUGGUUCUGGGAUGCUUACCAACCGUGCUGGCGGUCUGGGCACCACUGCCGGUGAUUCGACAGACGAUCACGAAUCUUCUGGUGCACCUCAGCGUCAUACAAGACAAGCACAGCCACAGGAGGACGAGGAGGAAGAGCACGAUGAUGAGCCCCUCGAAUGUGCAGAUGAAAGGCACCUGACAGACGAAGACGAGGACGCUGGCGAGGAGGACGAGGAUGAAGAGCUCAAUGCCAUCGAUGAUCUCGACGAGGAUCUUGAGUCUGAAAAUGUCUCGGACCCCUCGGCAGUCAACAUGGAAGUUGGGACCGGGGGCAAGGUGACUGCUCGGAAGGAAGACGGUACUCGGGUUGGAACCCCAUCCCACACCACGGCUGGGUCGAAGGCUUCUUCCUCUACACCCAACCCUCAUUCCCACACCCGCAGCAACAGCUCUCUCGCCACCGCCGGGCGUCCCUUCUCAUCCUACGCUGCCGCAACGGCUUCAGUCCCCCAGGAUUGGCAUCUUGAGUUCUUCGUGGAUGGCAAGAGUGUGGAUCUUGAGACAACCAUCUAUAGGGGAGUUCACCACGACCGUGGAGAGUUGGACCAGGCAAGCGCCAAGAACGUCUGGUCGUCCAUUCACACCAUCACAUACAAGCGUGUGCCGGGUCCUCCACCUCCCGAGCCCUCUACCCUGACCUCGACUUCUCAAGCCGCCGCUUCCCAGGUUGACACACUGGACAUGCCAGCCUCCCUCAGCAAAGAUGCCACCACUGCCUCCAUCAUUCGCACCCUCCGCGUACUGCACGAAAUGAAUGCCACCAUUGAUGAUAUUCUAACCGAUGUCAAAGAUGUGGCCGCGAUCAAGUCGGAGCCUCUGGUGCAGUUCAUCAAUACUAAACUGACUGCCAAGAUCAAUCGACAGCUGGAAGAGCCCUUGAUUGUGGCAAGUAGCUGUCUUCCAACCUGGAGUGAGGAUCUAGCCAGGCUCUUCUCCUUCCUCUUCCCAUUUGAAACAAGGCAUUCGUUCUUGCAAUCCACUGCAUUUGGUUACUCGCGGGCAAUGAUGAGAUGGCAAUCCUCUCUCAGCGGCGAGGACAGCCGAAGGGACAUGCGUCGUGACGACCGCCCAUUCAUGGGCAAGUUGCAGCGCCAAAAAGUUCGAAUCUCCCGAACCCGCAUACUAGAUUCUGCAUUGAAGGUCAUGGAGCUCUACGGAUCAUCACCCAGCAUUCUUGAAAUUGAAUAUUUCGAAGAGGUCGGCACUGGACUUGGCCCAACUCUUGAAUUCUAUUCUACUGUCUCCAAGGAGUUCUCCAAAAAGAAGCUCAAGAUCUGGCGCGACACCGACGGUAGCGCUGAGGCUGAAUAUGCCUUCGGCAAACGCGGCCUUUUCCCUGCGCCGAUGAGUGACCAGCAAGCCAAUGACGACAGCGGGAAGAAGCAGUUGAACAUCUUCAAGGUCCUUGGAAAGUUUGUUGCUCGCUCUAUGCUUGACUCUCGAAUCAUCGACAUCUCAUUCAACCCAGCUUUCUUCCGCAUUGCCGACACCAUGUCCUCUGUCGCCCCCUCCUUGGGUACCGUUAAAGCAGUUGAUCAUGAUCUCGCUAAGUCUUUGGUCAUGCUGAAGGAGUUCGUCAACGAGAAGAAUGCCGUGGAGAACGAUGACCGACUCUCGCCCAACCAGAAAGCCGAGGCUCUUCAACACAUCACAGUCCACGGAGUCAAGGUCGAUGAUCUGAGCCUGGAUUUCACAUUGCCCGGAUACCCCUCCAUCGAGUUGAUCCCAGGUGGCACUGACGUUCCCUUGUCGAUCGAAAAUGUGGAUACCUACAUUGAUCGCGUGAUCGACAUGACCCUCGGCAGUGGUGUCCGUCGUCAAGUCGAGGCAUUCCGCACAGGAUUCUCCCAAGUGUUCCCAUACUCUGCCCUGUCCGCAUUCACCCCAGGCGAGCUCGUCAUGCUUUUCGGCCAAGCCGAAGAAGAUUGGUCCAUUGAAACUCUGAUGGACUCCAUCAAGGCCGACCACGGUUUCAACAUGGACAGUCGCAGCGUGCGCAACCUACUGCAGACCAUGAGCGAACUGGACAACCAGCAACGCCGCGACUUCCUGCAGUUCGUCACCGGUAGUCCCAAACUUCCAAUCGGAGGAUUCAAGAGCCUUACUCCCAUCUUCACCGUCGUGUGCCGCCCAAGCGAACACCCAUACACACCCGACGACUACCUCCCCAGUGUGAUGACAUGUGUCAACUACCUCAAGCUACCAGACUACAGCGACCUAGAAACUCUCAAAAAGCGCCUCUUCGUCGCCAUCAAGGAAGGCCAGGGCGCGUUCCACCUUUCCUAG